AUGGAUGCCAUCGUCCUUGACCACUUUGGGGGCCUUGAUGCCCUCGUCUACAAGCAACUCCCUGUCCCGAUCCCGAAGCACGGCGAAGUUCUCAUUCGUAUCCGCGCCUUUGGGAUUAAUCACGCAGAAGUACAUAUGCGCAAAGGAGAGUGGGCAGAGGCCGCACCUGUCUCUGGCAUUGAGUGUGUCGGCACGGUCGCAGCUGCACCAGGCGGCGAGUACCCCAUCGGGACGAAUGUUGCAGCUCUCAUGGGUGGACUGGGCAGGACAAGGAAUGGAAGCUAUGCCCAGUACACGGUUGCCCCAUUACAUAAUGUCGUCCCACUCACUACAGACAAGAGCGGCCUGCCAUUUAGCUGGGAAACGUUAGCCGCGAUCCCAGAGACAUUUGCUACCGCGUGGACGUGUCUUUUCCGUAAUCUGGAGGUAAAGAAGGGCGAGAAGGUGUUGAUUCGAGGGGCAACGAGUUCGCUGGGCCAGGCAGCGGUGAAGCUGGCAGUCGCAGUGGGUGCCAAGGUUGUUGCGACAACGAGGAACGAGGACCGUUUCCAAGGCUUGUUGGAUUUGGGGGCAGAACGUGCUGAGCUUGAAGGAGCUGGUCUGGCUGCUAGACUUCCAGAGAAGAAAGAAUUUGAUGCAGUCCUUAACCUCGUCGGCAACGUCGUUCUACUCGACUCGAUCGAUAUUCCCCGACGCGGAGGCCGCGUAUGCCAUGCUGGAUGGUUGGGUGGACUCGCGCCGGUGAAAGACUUUGACCCGUUGACGCAGAUGGCGAGUGGUGUGCACUUUAGUCUCUUUGGGAGUUUCAUGUUUGGAACACCGCAGUUCCCUCUGUCGGAUGUGCCAUUGGCACAGAUCAUAAGGGAUGCCGCAGAGGGCAAGUUCGACGUAAAGCCAACGAGGGUUUUUCAGUUUAGUGAAAUCAGGGAGGCACAGAACGUGAUGGAAUCGGGAGAGGCGAAUGGGAAGAUAGUCGUUGUAGUCGAGGCAUAG